AAAUGUUUAACACACAAAAACACGAUACAGAUCAAACUGACCUGGAUUGAAUUGGAGCAGUGACUGCGAUAUUGUGCUUGUUUAUUUAGGCAACAUUUGAGCAGUGUAUAAGACAUGAGAUUGCAUCAUAACCCUAUUGGCACCAAUGCAAAAUAUGCAGAUUGAGACUUAUAUGUAUCAUGACAUGGCUAAAACAAACAAACAAACAAAACAAAAACCCUGUCAUAACUGUUAAACAAUACAACUCGACUUUUACACGCAAAUAUAGUCACUAAUUCUGCCACAGGGAGGGACUCUUGCCUCUUAAAAAUGACCAUUCCAUUUUAGUAGGUUCCUGUCACCAAGAUCAGGUACUGCAUUCCCUUACUAGUGCGCCCUUUUUCAACAGCUCUUAUUUAGGCUUGUGUGAAUACUUGAGCCCGCCCUGGCUCCCGGCCCCCUGGUAUAUUUAAGGAGCAUCCCUCACACUCACCCUCUGUCCCAGUGGAAACUCCAGUCUUCCAGCUCAGCUUGACCAUCCCAGAAAAAGACGAAUCAUGUGUGACGACGACGAGACCACCGCCCUCGUGUGCGACAAUGGCUCUGGUUUGGUCAAGGCUGGGUUCGCCGGUGAUGAUGCUCCCCGUGCCGUCUUCCCUUCCAUCGUUGGAAGACCCCGUCACCAGGGUGUGAUGGUGGGUAUGGGUCAGAAGGACAGCUACGUCGGAGACGAGGCCCAGAGCAAGAGAGGUAUCCUGACUCUGAAGUACCCCAUUGAGCACGGUAUCAUCACCAACUGGGACGAUAUGGAGAAGAUCUGGCACCACACCUUCUACAAUGAGCUGCGUGUGGCCCCUGAGGAACACCCCACACUGCUCACCGAGGCCCCCCUCAACCCCAAGGCCAACAGAGAGAAGAUGACCCAGAUCAUGUUUGAGACCUUCAACGUCCCAGCAAUGUAUGUGGCCAUCCAGGCGGUACUGUCCCUGUAUGCCUCUGGUCGUACCACUGGUAUUGUCCUGGACUCUGGUGAUGGUGUGACCCACAAUGUCCCCAUCUAUGAGGGUUAUGCUCUCCCCCAUGCCAUCAUGCGUCUGGAUCUGGCUGGUCGUGACCUGACUGACUACCUGAUGAAGAUCCUGACUGAGCGUGGCUACUCUUUUGUGACCACUGCUGAGCGUGAGAUUGUGCGUGACAUCAAGGAGAAGCUGUGCUAUGUCGCUCUGGACUUUGAGAACGAGAUGGCCACCGCUGCAUCAUCCUCCUCCCUGGAGAAAUCCUAUGAGUUGCCCGACGGCCAGGUCAUCACCAUCGGCAACGAGCGUUUCCGUUGCCCUGAGACGCUCUUCCAGCCUUCCUUCAUUGGUAUGGAGUCUGCUGGUAUCCAUGAGACUGCCUACAACAGCAUCAUGAAGUGCGACAUUGACAUCCGCAAGGACCUGUACGCCAACAAUGUCCUGUCUGGUGGUACCACCAUGUACCCUGGUAUUGCUGACCGUAUGCAGAAGGAGAUCACUGCUCUGGCCCCCAGCACGAUGAAGAUCAAGAUCAUUGCUCCACCUGAGCGUAAGUACUCUGUCUGGAUCGGUGGCUCCAUCCUGGCUUCCCUGUCCACCUUCCAGCAGAUGUGGAUCAGCAAGCAGGAAUAUGAUGAGGCUGGCCCCUCCAUUGUCCACAGGAAAUGCUUCUAAACGCCUAACGUACCUGUCCAGCUAUCCCCCUGUCUGCAUUUGUACUGUUUCGAUUACUGUAUAUACAUGUACUAUUGU